AAGAGGAAUAAUAGGGAAAAUAGAAAAGAAAGGAAAAAGGUCGGUUUAUUGCUUGGCAUUAUAUGAAGAAGAAGAAGCUUACAAGCAACUGAAUAUGUACGUGUCAACCUCUCUAGAUUUUUGCCUCCGUCUUUCACCAAAUCUUCCGCAGAAAAGAUCACAACCCGAUGAACCUUAGCUUCCCAAGUUGAAGAAAACAGUUUCUGGGUAUGGAAGUUUCCUCAUACAAUUUCACACCAUGCUGUCAAGUUGUCAACUUUAGCUCGAAAUUGGUUGAGAGGACCUCUUUUUCUCACCAACUGAAACUCUCUCCUAUUGGUAAAUUUAGAAUUUUGUGUACCAGCAUCGAUUCCAGAAAUGGGUCUCUACGGUUUUCUAGUAUUAGUAAGCUUUACUUGAAGAAUACCAAUAAUAGUGAAGGUUCUAGGGCAGUCAAUGCCCUUGGAGGGUCUAAACGUAUUAAUUUUAAGGCAUUAAGUGGAAGCUACGAUGGUUAUGUGAUUGAUGGGAAAGAGGAUGCAAGAAAUAUUUCAGUAGGUGAGGAAUCAGUCUCCAAGGUUUUGAUUCCUGGACUGCCCGAUGAAUCUAGUGGCGAGAGUUGUGCUUCCAUUAGUAGCUGUUUUUGGGAGUGGAAGCCUAAACUUAAUGUGCAUUAUGAAAAAGCUGGAUGUGAGAAUGUGAAAUCACCACCAGUGCUGUUUCUUCCUGGAUUUGGUGUUGGCUCCUUUCAUUAUGAGAAGCAGUUGAAAGAUUUGGGCCGUGAUUAUAGAGUGUGGGCAAUUGAUUUUCUUGGGCAGGGUAUGUCAUUGCCAGUUGAGGAUCCCACUCCAAGAUCUAAGGAAGAUGUUGUCUCUGCAGAGGAGGAUGUGUUAUGGGGCUUCGGAGAGAAAACUGAAACUUGGGCUAAUGAGCUUGUUUACUCUGUGGAUUUAUGGCAGGAUCAAGUUUGCGAUUUCAUAGAACAGGUCAUUGGCGAACCUGUUUAUAUUGUGGGGAACUCCCUAGGAGGAUUUGUUGCUUUAUACUUCGCAGCAUGCAAACCUGAAUUGGUAAAGGGUGUUACAUUGCUUAAUGCAACCCCUUUUUGGGGGUUUUUGCCUAAUCCUACACGAUCUCCACGACUGGCUAGAAUAUUUCCAUCGUCCGGAACAUUUCCUCUGCCUGAAGGUGUGAGAAAGGUCACAGAAGUUGUUUGGCAGAAAAUAAGCGAUCCUAAAAGUAUUGCAGAGAUACUUAAACAGGUUUAUGCAGAUCAUUCUACAAAUGUUGACAAAGUCUUUUCUCGUAUUCUUGAGAUAACUCAACAUCCUGCUGCUGCUGCUUCACUUGCCUCAAUUUUGCUUGCUCCUCAGGGGAGAUUAUCCUUCCGGGAAUCCUUAUCUAGGUGUAAAGCGAACGAUAUUCCCAUCUCUCUGAUGUACGGAAAAGAGGACCCCUGGGUGAGACCUGUGUGGGGCCGUCAGGUGAAACGCCAGCUACCUGAAGCCCCGUAUUAUGAGAUCAGCCCUGCAGGCCACUGCCCUCACGAUGAAGUUCCUGAGGUCGUGAAUUAUUUACUGCGGGGAUGGAUUAAAAACCUGGAAUCCCAGGGCUUGGUUGCAUUACCGCUACUUGAGGACUGUGAAAGUACUCAAUAUUCCAUUGCCAGAGAAUUGGAAUUUAUCAGAGAAGGAUCAAGAAAAUCGGUGAGCGUACGAAUCCAAGGAUCCAGUUUCUCAUUCUGGAAUGGUGUAAGCUCUUAUUUCCAGUCUCGUUUUGGAAAAUUAGAAACCAAAUCAUGAAUGUCCAUAUAACAUAGCGUGUAGAUAAAAUGUUCAUUUCCUUUUCCUCUCCUAGUCUCACAUUGGGCAUCGGUCCCAUUCCUGUGCAGGUGAAUGCAUCAUAAUCUUGAAUAUAUAUAUAUAUAU